AUGUCGACCUGCCGCUGGUUGUGGCGCCCGGUGGGAGGGUCGCGUCGAAGGGGAAAGGCAGAUCGGGGGAAAGAAACGAAGAGUGGAGGCUGCACCGUGGCUCUUUUGCGCUCCGUUGGCACCCGAGACGAUUUCUGGGCACCGCCACUGUUUCGGGGCGCCGGCAUGGAGUGCCUGCGCCCGGCGCUCAAGAAGCGCAAGAGGUACUCCCCGGAUGAUCCGGAGGGAGUCGUGGGUGGGUUCACGACCCCGGUGACCCCGGCUGGAGCCCCGAGCGACGCCGGCGAUAGCGUCCCGGGGAUCACCCCGAAGAGCGUGACGUUUAAGAGGGGGAGCAAGUGCCAGAGGAUCGUCGGCUCCGCGGACCCGAAGAUCGACAGGACCCCGAUCGAAAUCCCGUGCCACUGCGACGGCUGCGGCAAGUACAUCCUCACUGCGAGGCACAACUGCGACGCGUGCGAGGAUUACGACCUGUGCGCCCCUUGCUACGCCUCGUUGGUCGACGGCACCUUGGAACACGAGCACGACGCGUCGUGCUUCGAGGUGAAGGACUGGACCGAGGAGGAGGAGGAAGCGGCGCUGGAGGAGGCCUCGCGCUCGACGGCGGCGCACGCGACACCCGCGAGUGAUGGCACCGGCGGCGCGAGGCCCGACGACCGAGGGGACGGGGACGGGGUAGAGACACCGGGAGGAGGAGGAAGGGACGGGGUCGGGGCGGUGCUUUUCCAGACGCCGACGAGCCAGGCGCCGGCGAUUGGGGACGGCGGGGCACAGCUGGCGAAGGGUGGAGAGGGUGUCGCGGACGCGAACGCGAGCUCGUCGCGGUGA